AUGCAUAAUUCUUGGGAAAACCUUUCACCUCCCUCAUUCUACUGCUCUUCAUGCUGUCAACAGAUUAUCAUCGCCGCUUAUCUCAAGGGUAUUCCCCUUGAGUUCACCUAUAUCGACCUUGGCGCUAGAGAGCACACUACCGAAGAAUACAAACAAUACAACCCCAGCGCUAGCGUACCUAUAUUAGUGGUGACCAGCGAGAAUGGCGAGAAGACUACCAUCCGCCAAUCCAUGACUAUUCUGGAAUAUUUUGAAGAGAGGUUCCCGGAUAUUGCUCCACUUUUCCCUCCCGCAUUGCGGGAUCGGGUGAUAGUGCGAGACCUAGUGAAUAUCAUCGCUAUCGAUACGCAACCCCCCACAAAUUCCCGCAUAGCGCAGCGGGUGAAGUCCAUUCGAGGGAAGCUCGAAGACCAGGUCGGUUUCGUCAAACAGGCUUUUACUGACGGAUUCCGAGCCUAUGAGAGCCUGCUGACGAAGCAGGCUGAAGAGGGGACUUUUUCCUUUGGUGGCUCUUUGUCCAUGGCCGAUGUGGUUCUGGUUCCCGCAGUUGAUCAGGCUCUGAUGUACCGAUUAGAUUUAGAUAUUGUGCCUAAUGUCAAGCGGAUUUAUCUCGCUCUCAAGGAACUGGAACCUUUCAAGGCUGCGGAUUGGCGGAACCAGGGGGGCACACCGGCGAAAUUUCGCAUUCAAGACUCUUAG